AGGUCUGCUUACAGUCAUCCUCACCUACUUGACUCCUUGGGGGGUUUCCUCUUUUUUUCCCAUAGUUCUUGGGGGUCCCCAGUCACUUCACUGAGCUGGUGUGGAUUUCUUUCUUCCAGCAGAAAGCAGGGUCCCAAGACUGUUUCCCAUCUUAUGGAUAAUAUCUUAUUGUUAAUUAAGAAAGAUUGGGACAAAGAGACAAAACCUGGGGCUUCCUGGAGUGGAUUUUUACUAAGAAAACAAACAGUAAACAAGUCAAGUAAAGAGUACACACCCUCUCCCACCCCCUAUCCAGGAACCUCAAAUCUGGCUAAAAGAAUGAUGAUUCUGGGUACAGCUUUUGGUAUGGUUUUCUAUUUACUUCAAGCUGUUUCUGGAGAAAGUGGCUAUGCACAGAAUGGAGAGUUUGAAGAUGCCGAACUGGAUGACUAUUCAUUCUCUUGCUACAGUCAGUUGGAAGUGGAUGGAACCCAGCACUUGCUGACCUGUGCUUUUGAUGACCCCGACGUCAAUAUCACCAAUCUGGAACUUGAAAUAUGUGGAGCCCUUUUGAAUGUAAAAUGCCUGGCUUUUGAUAAACUGCAUGAGAUGUAUUUCAUUAAGACAAAGAAAUUCUUACUCAUUGGAGACAGCCUAAUACAUGUGAAACUUGGAGGAAAGAACAUAACUUCCAAGAAAUUGAACAUAGUCAAAAUAGUUAAACCUGAGGCUCCUUUUGACAUAAGAGUCAUCUAUCGUGAGGGAGCAAAUGACUUUCUGGUGACAUUUAACACAUCUCAUUCACAGAAGAAGUAUGUGAAAGAAUUAAUGCAUGAGGUGGCCUAUCACCAGGAAAAAAAUGAAAAUGACUGGAUGCAUGUGAACAUAUCCAGUACAAAGCUGACACUCCUACAGAGAAAACUACAACCUGAUGCAAUGUAUGAGAUUAAAGUCCGGUCCAUCCCUAAUGCCAACUAUUUUCAAGGCUUCUGGAGUGAAUGGAGUCCAACCUUCCACUUCAGAACACCAGAGAUCACAGGGAGGAUGGAUCCUGUUUUACUAACUAUUAGCAUUCUGAGUUUCUUCUUUGUGGCUCUGAUGGUCAUCUUGGCCUGCGCAUUAUGGAAAAAAAGAAUUAAACCCAUGGUGUGGCCCAGCCUCCCCGAUCAUAAGAAGACUCUGGAACAACUGUGCAAGAAACCCAAAAAGAAUUUGAAUGUGAGUUUCAACCCUGAAAGCUUCCUGGACUGCCAGAUUCAUAAGGUGGAUGGCAUUCAAGCUAGAGAUGAAGCAGAGAGCUUUCUGCAAGAUACUUCUCCUCCACAACUCGAUGAGACUGAAAAGCAAAGGCUUCGAGGGGGUAUGCAGGGCCCCACCUGGCCAUCAGAGCAUGCAGUCAUCACCCCAAAAACCUUCAGAGGAGAUUCACCCUUUGGAAGCCUGGCUGGAAGCAUCAGUAUGUGUGAGGCCCUUGUGCAACCUUCUUCCAGGUCCCCAGACUGCAGGGAAGGUGGCAAGAAUGGGCCUCAUAUGUACCAGGGCCUGCUGCUUGAGUCUGGAACUACAAAUAGCACCAUGCCCACUCCAUUUCCUUUCCAGCCAGGAAUCCUGACACUGAACCCAGCUGUCCGGGGACAGCCCGGGCUCACUUCCUUGGGAUCAAGUCAGGAAGAAGCAUAUGUCACCAUGUCCAGCUUCUACCAAAACCAGUGAAUUGUCAGAAAUGCAGGACUGGAACCAUGAAGACCAAGAUGACUGAACUCCUACUUACUUUCCCUCAUAGGACAAAGAAGACAAAAUUAAUGCCAGCUCUCCGUAUAAUCUACGGGAUUCAGAAACAUAGUUUGGACCACUCUUCCCCACUCCAAGAUCAUUUGGCUUGAGGCAGGAGCACUCUGCUGCAGGCAACACAAAUUAUUCCAUUAUUUCAGAAAGAAAAAGAAGCAGGAAAGAAUGAAAAAAAGGGUAAAGGAGAGGGGAAAGGGGGGUGUACGGCAGGAAGAAGGCAAGGGCAGACGAGGGAAAGGAGAACAGGGAUGAUAACUUCCAUUACUAGGACUCACUGUGUGUCCUGUGCUCUACACAUCUUGUCUCCCUGCAUCCUCAUGGUAAUCCCGGGCACUGGCGCAAUUUUUAUUGUUAUUAUUAUUAUUAUUCUCUUUUCUAAUGGAUAAUGCAACUGAGGCUUGGAGGCGUUAAGUAACUUGUUUAACUUGUUAAGUAACAUUUUGUUCCCCCUCAGCAUGGGGUUUGAUGGUUGGCAUCUAACUGUGCCCACUGCCCCUCAAGCCACGUACCUUCUCCUUGAUUAGGGGUCGUUCCAUUUACAAGUGUCAGACUUCAAUAAUAUGGAACAGGAUUACUAUAUAAUUUAUUGUCCAAAUUAGGUCAUUUUGAAAGUGAAAGGGGAAGUUAUAAAUACUCAUUCCAGGACAAGCAGCAUAAGCCACGAGUUUCCCAGACACAUGGGGACAAGGCCACCAAAAAAAAAAAAAAAAAAAAAAAAAAAAAAAGGCUAAGAGAAAGAAAGGGUGAUGUAGUAUGUGAACUACCAGGCUAGCCACGUCUAUGAAAACCAAAUAAGGCAAGAAAAAGCCACAAAUGCCACUUGACUUUGUUUUUCUGAAAAAGGAGAAGCCCAAAAUUUCUACUAUUAGUUAUCAAACACAUGAUUCUCUUGCUACCACCACCCAGCUGCAUCCAUUGACAAUAGAAGAAUCUGUUACCAGCUCUGGAUACAGGUGCAUUUGAGCAAUAAACCAAGAAUAACCUUUCUAUGUGUGUAGAGACUGCCCCAACCCAAACGCAUCUACAGACUGUCCUGAGUUUUACGGCCUUAGAUGCUGCCACAAGCUUCAAGGAGAACUGUAAACAUACACAGUGAGUGAGCUGACUUGGCCCUGGUCUUGAAGAUAAAGAAGAUUUGACAUGCGUCCCCUUGCCUUUCUUGGUCUAGAUGAAUUUCUGGUUAUUAUCUCAAACCGGGUUAAGACAGCUAAGUAAUCGCAACCCAGGGGAGUGCAGGGGAGGUCUCUCCCACUGGCCCCAGCCCCUGGGCACCUGCAGAAUCACACAGGGCAGCUGAGGCACAGGAAGUCAUGAAGGGCAUGGGUUCAGGAUUUGGUUUGGUUUUGUCCAGGAGUUUGUCCCUGCUGUUGUUGGGGUUGAUAUUUCAUAUCUUUUUUUUUUUUUCUGUUUUUAGUUUGUUGAGGAGGUGAUGUGUUUUUAAUCUCUUUAUUUGUUUUGUUUUGUGAUAUCUGGGAAGGGGGUUUUAAAUUCUAACAGAUCUUAUUUGCUGGCUUAGCAGCCUAAUUAUAGUAAGAUCAUUUAUUCUUCCAUUGGGCAUUAUACUUUACAAAUGCUUUUCUCUGAAUCAGUAGUGAAGAAUAUAAUCUCACAUUCCCUUAGAUUUGCUUCGUGAUUUUGUGAUUUUCAAAGCAUUUCCAUAAGCAUUAUCCCUUUCAUUUCCUUGACAAGUGUUUAUGGAAAGUCUGCUAUAUGCCAACCCCAGGGCUGGGCGUGAGGAAUCGAAGACUAAUAAAGUUGGGGGCCUCAUAAAGUGGGCAAUCUAAUAAAAGUGGCAGCUUUGUAAACAAAUGAUUAUAAUUACAUAAAGUGCUAUAAUAGAGGCAUGUUCAUUCAAAGUGCCCUGUUGAAGAAAAUCAGAGAAAAUACCAUGUCUACAUGGAGGAAAAGCAGAAUCUGCCCGGUGUGUCAACAGCAGAAGACAUUUUCCACCAGGUAGACAUGUGUAGUUUACCUUUUGUAGAAAUGAGAACCAGGUCUCAAAGAGGAGGUCAUCACAGGAAACUUUGUAUUAGCCUAGUUCUCUGGUACCUUAUCCACAGAGGUCCUAUGAAGUGUGUUGUUAGCUUUGACUUACGGGAAAAUUGGGAGACAGAAAGGACAGGUAAGUCAUUCCACCUGAGGUGUGAAGUCAGGACUUAAAGCCAAAAGUUUGUUUCCCUGACAUAAUAGACAAUCUCUCAAAGAAAUGAGAGCAUAAGUCUAGAGGAAGAUCCAAGUUGCUCUAGCUCUAAAAUCCCAUGUUUCAGUAUUGUUGGGCACAGAUUAUCAUUUGAAGUUUGUGUGUGAGUGUCUGUCUUUUACUGGAGAGAUUUAAAAUCAUUGUAUUAUCCUCUUAUAAUCAUAACUGCUGCUAAUGUGUGAUCUUAUACUCAGGGAUAAUGUAUAAUAUCAGAUUACAAGUUGGUUCUGACUGACCUCCUUUCAGAUUUCAUUAAGAGAGAAAAGCUGAUGAAAGACAAUGCAGAAGGCAGAGAUGUAAACCGCUAGUUCUGUAUAGCAUGAAAUGAUUGCUGUUUUGAUAGGCAGCUCAUUUGGUCAAUUAAACAAUCCUGGCUGGAUUCAGGGAGCCUUGGCUUAUUCAACUGAUUUUCCAAUAGCUUUUGCCUCACCUGUCCUUCUGGUUUCCAUGGAAACUGGCUUCAGAAAAGCCAAGGAUAGGCUAUUUCAGAUGUGCAUACAUGUGUUUUCAUAACACUUCUGGAGGCGCUAUACAAUGGAACUGGCCAGGAAGGUGGUGAGAAUAUGUGGUAAGACAACUAGAAUGGUACAGAUCAGAUGGCUUUUGUGUCAGCUCAGUGGUUUUUCUUUGGGGUUGUUCUAAAAACGUUCCAGCAUUCACUACAGUAAAGGUGUCUGAUUGGACCACAUACUUCCCAUUGGCAUUACAAACAUUUUGCAGGGCUGCUAAGUAUCUAAGUAUCCAAUGUGUGUUACCAUCUCAUAUUUAAUUAAAUGCUAUGGAACUCUC